UUAUCGCUGAAGAGGAUGUAGAUGUCCUGAAAGAAAGCAGUAAAGACAAUCUUGAACCAGUAAUGCGUAAGCAAGGAUGGCCUAAAAGUGUGAAGCAAAGUUCAUCCAGACGGAGGCAAAAUAAGGAGAGAAAACCAGGGUUUAAACUUAAUUUGUACACACCACCUGAGACUCCUAUGGAGCCUGACUCUCAGGGAAAGUGCGAGGAGACCGAAGAGGUGGCUGAAAGUGACCCAUGCCAAGCUGCUUCUCUUUCAGAAAAAGUGAAAAACUCUGAAACCAUUUUCUCAAAUGAGGAUGAAGGAAGAGAUUUGGUGUCGGAGUAUCUAGAGCUUUCCCGGACAGAAAAUGUAGAUGAAGUAGAUGAAAGCAACAUGGAAAGUAUGAAUAGUCAAGAUAAGGACCGACAAGAGGAGAGAAUACUGGAGAAAGAGGAGCCUGAGCUUUUAGAAGAACAUGAGGAGAAGAAACAGUCUUGUAAUGAGAAACGUGAUGCUGAUGAUGAGGAUGAAAGCCACGUAGAUUCAGAAGAAAGGGAAACUGAGGCGGUAGUAUCAGGAGAAGCUUUUAAAGAAGUACUUGAGAAUCAAGAACCUUUUUUAGAUACUGAGGAACAGAAUGGCAGGCCAAAUGAGAUGGGUUUAAUGGACUGUAAAGUUGAUCUUUCGCCCAAGUGUAACAGCGACCUUAAAGAGCUUCCUGCUAUUCUGGAACCUGUGUCUGAUUCAAGAGAUGAAAACACAGAAAAUUCAAAUGAAGCCAGUAGUAAUGAACUGAACUGUGUAUUCAAGGACACAAAUUCAGAAACUCUGGAAAUAGACUCUGAGACGAUCCAGGCGGUCAAGUCUUUAACCCAGGAAUCAGCAGAGCAGGAAGACGUGUUUCAGGAUUGUGCAGAGACUCAAGAGGCAUGUCAGAGCCUGCAGAAUUACUCCAAUACUGGCCAAAGCCCACAGGCAGCCUCGUUAGAUGACUGUCAGCAAUCAGAUCACAGUAGUCCUGUUUCAUCUGUCCAGUCUCAUCCAAGCCAGUCAGUUCGUUCUGUUAACAGUCCAAAUGUGCCUGCACUAGAAAACAGUUAUGCUCAGAUGAGCUCAGAUCAGAGUACCAUCUCGGUGUCAUCCCUGCAGAACAUGGAAACCAGUCCCAUGAUGGAUGUUCCGUCUGUUUCUGACCAUUCUCAGCAGGUUGUUGACAGUGGAUUUAGCGAUCUGGGUAGUAUUGAGAGCACAACAGAGAACUAUGAAAACCCAAGCAGCUAUGACUCCACCAUGGGCAAUAACAUCUGUGGGAACAAUGCCUCACAAAACAGCUGUUCAUACAGCACUCUCACUUCCAGUAACAUGACACAGAGUAGUUGCGCAGUGACACAGCAGAUGUCGAACAUGAAUGGAAGCUGCAGCAUGAUGCAGAACACCGGCAUCAACUCUCCCCCUCCUUGCAACGUGAAAUCUCCCCAAGCCUGUGUGAUUGAAAGGCCUCCAAGCAGCAACCAGCAGCUCUCGCAGUGCAGUAUGGCGGCCAACUUCAGUCCGCCUCUUCAGUUAAGUGAAAUCAACGAGACUGGCAGUGCAAAUGUUGGCUUGUACGAAAGAAUGGGCCAAGGGGAGUUUGCAGCAGGGCAUUAUCCGCAGCCCUCUGCCACCUUUAGCCUGGCUAAACUACAGCAGUUAACCAAUACCUUGAUGGACCAUUCGUUGCCUUACAGCCAUUCAGCUGCUGUCACUUCCUAUGCAAAUAGUGCCUCUCUGACGACUGCUCUCAGCAGUACGGGACUGGUUCAGCUCUCUCAGCCUUCCCACCCAGUUCCUGGAGGAGGCCAAGUCCAGGCAACCAUGACUCCGCCCCCUAACCUCACUCCUCCUCCCAUGAAUUUGCCACCUCCCCUUCUGCAGCGUAACUUGGCUACAUCUACUGUUGGCCUGUCCCACGCCCAAAGACUACAAACUCAGAUGCCUGGCAAAGGCCAUGUUUCUGUUAGAACUAAGUCAUCAUCUCUGCCACCAGCUGCAGCACCCCAUCAGCCACAGCUUUAUGGGCGUGCCUCGCAGGCUGUGACCAUGCAAGGGCCAGCACGCACCUUAACCAUGCAGCGUGGCAUGAACAUGAGUGUGAAUCUCAUGCCAACUCCCGCUUACAAUGUCAAUUCGGUGAACAUGAAUAUGAAUACUCUGAACGCCAUGAAUGGUUAUAGCAUGUCUCAGCCGAUGAUGAACGGAGGCUACCACGCCAAUCACGGUUACAUGAAUCAAACCGCUCAGUACCCCAUGCAGAUGCAGAUGGGAAUGAUGGGGACCCAGGCCUAUGCCCAGCAGUCCAUGCAGACCGCCCCGCACAGCAACAUGAUGUAUUCUCCUCCAGCGCAUCACGGCUAUAUAAAUACUAAACAGUCUUUGAACAGCUCUUACAUGCGGAGAUAGGAGCCGAGGCUGCCAGUGCAGGGGAGGCGGCUGCCGUGUCAGUUGAGCCUGCGGGGGCUCGACCUGCCCAAGUACGCACUGUUUUCGGAGCGUGUGAUUUCAAAACCAGCAGUUGGUGUAAAUGCAAAAAUACUUGUGGUGGCACCAUGAUGAACUGUAUGCAGCAGAAAGCCUUAUAUAAUUUCCUUUACUUGUCUUUCAUUUGCAGUUUUGCUUCGUUUGCAAUGGCAGUUUUUUUAUACAGUUGGACUUCUGUGGUGUGGGAAAAUGUGUUGCGAACAUCCAAGGUCAGCCGAGGGUUCACUGCCAUUUUGGAUGUGCCUGCUCCCGUUCGACCCUCGUUCUUCUGGAGUGCAUCUGGUGUUGUGCUGGCUGUCAGCGUCCCUCCUGUUCAACGCGCCCUUCCCUCCCUUUUCCCUCCACCAUGUAAAUGCCUUUUCGCGUUGCAUUCAUGGAUUAUUUUGUUCCUCGAGUGGACACUUCCGCAUGCCGCUGUCUUUGUUAGUGACAGUGCGUUUCGUAGUACUGUACAAGUGUUGUGCUUAACAGUAAGCCAUUUCCUUAAUUGGUGGGUCUUUUGCCUUGAUUAGGUCGUCCCUCUUUAAGAGGUAUUAAAAAAUAUAUAUACAUACAUGCAUACAUAUAUAUAUAUAUUUUUGCUAAUUAGAUUUAAAAAGAAGAAAAAGCAUUGAAAGCAAUUCCAGUUGUGAUUUGUUCAGACUUUUGGACGCAAUUCAUUGGGAAAUUCCUCUGUGUGUUACAGUGUGCUUGCACAAAUGUGAUUAAUUUUUCUUGGAGCUGACACACAAGACUAUCACAAUGGAUUGCAUCUUUGAAUGACAAAUGUGUGAUUAAAGAUGAUUCCCCUUUUUGUUCAGAUAGCAGAUUAUUUUCAGUUAAGAAGGAAAAAAAGGCAGCUUACUGUUACACAGUUUUUUUAGAUACAAACAUUUAUUGUUUGAAUGAAGCAUAUCUGUGUUUAAUCAAGUUUUUGAAACAUUUUCAUAUGCAGAUAAAUUUGCAGGAUUUUUUUUAAAAAAUUGUGAAUUUGGUGUAAAGUUGCUAUUUUAUGGAAAUGCCUCUAAACUUUACAUUUUCAUCCCAUCUGUAGAUUUUUCUAUCUUUAUAAAAUAUUGGAGUUAUUUUUUAAGAAAAGUAAAUAGAACAGUAGCGUGUGAAUAGAUCAAAUGAAGUUUAAAGAACGCAUGUAAAAAAAGCAAAUGGUAUUUGUGUCUGUUUAUAUGGCUUCCUUUUUUUUUCUUUUUGGUAGCCUUUGUACUUGUACAGAGUGACAGUAAGAGCCAAAAGUGGCUCGAUCCAUGUAUAAAAAUAGACACAGUGAAACUUCUUGUAUUUAUGUUAACUUUUUAGCCAGUCACUUAAAACAAAAACAAGCUGUACAUUUUAACAUAAAAAUAAAUUAUGAGCCAUUUUAGCCUCGUGUCUUGAGAUAACUGAUGCACUUGGGAAUAAUGAAGCCCAUUGCCAUUUGUUCUACAUCACAGGAUGUGGCUCAAAGUCCAUGAAAUUCAGCAAACAUGUUUCUGGAAGUUGCAUGAGAAACCUUGCUGAACAUCAGAGACAGAUGUAGAUAGGUCAGCUCAGGGAGUGGCAACCUUGCUUUUCAUUCACCAGCUCCUGCCCAAAUGAAGUGAUAGUAAAAACAUUUAAAUCUCAGGCCUAAAUUGCUGGAGAGGAGAAAUCAAAAUAGAAAAUUGGGCUGGAUUCCCUCCCCUCCCCAAAAGACUGUGGAGAUCAGUCUUUUCUGGUGGAGAAAUGACGGUGUCUCACUUGGUUAGAAAUACAUCUUUAUACAUGUAUCUUUAUACUUCUUAUACAUCUUUUUCAGGUUCUGCUGAAAGAAUGAUAAGUCAUGAAGAUUUUCUUAAGUGUCAUUGUGUGAGGCUCUGGUGUAUUGGGUUAGUUUUAAUGAGAGAGAGGAGAGACAUGGAGGCAUCCGAGUGCUCAGACAUUGAGCUCUCUGUGGGAGUGGGUCUGAGAAGGGGCUCACCCUUCUCCAUUUCAGCUGCUUCCCUGGCUUUGCUUGGGGGAACACGCUCCAACUGUGAUAUACUGAAAAAUCUCUAUCAAGUAAUGAUCAGCUAGUUGCUUGACAUUGCUCAUGGCCCUAAACUGAGAGUCUCUUUUUUUAAGCAAGUAUGCUGAAUUCUUG